UAUAUCUGUCUCUUAUAUUUAUUUUAAUGUGUCGAUAAUUCUUUCAGGAUGAGCGCCGAGCUCGCAAUACAGCGUAUGAAAAGGAGCGCAGAGUUGAAAUUAAGGAUACUCUACAUGAAUUGGCGUCAGCACUCGGUCUACGUGAUACUAUGACUGUUCCGGACUUGCUGGCUGAGGUCAUCGCAUUUCUCCAUACAUCGACGAUGCGCGACAACCACCGGGACGCAGACAGACUACGAGAAUGCAAUGAUAACCUCGAGUCUCAAAUUACAUUGUUGGAGCAACGCCUUGCUGCCGAACCAGAUCCGAAGCCAUCAACAUGUCCUGUGAAGAGGAAGGUCGGGGAUUGUGACUGGUCGAGUCCUCCCAGCAAGCGCUUCUCGCCGAGUCCAUCACAGGAUCCUGAGUUCUCAUUGUGCCAGCGACUGCAGCCACGACCAGUUCCCGAGCUUCAGUGCCAUUCUAUGCUGGACACGACUUCCCAGCUACAAGCAUUAUGGCAUGGGGACGAAUCCUUCGUUUUCCCGUUGUCUUGUGAGGAACGGCUUUCGCCAGCAUUGUUGCCCGAAGCGUUAAUACCUGACUUUGGGCUAUCGUCUCCGCAUCCUACGCCGUCGCCAUCAUACUGCGACAUUGUGGAGCCAAGUGUGAAGAAUGAAGACCACGCUGAGAUGGCCACUGUUUGCAGAUUGGAUGCUACUGCGGGCGCACGGAUAUCUUUGAGCCAGUUCCACGUGUGGGCAACUGAGGAAGACCUCGUUUCGCUGUAUUUAUUAUGA